UUUUAAUUCAAAACACCACCUCUGUAUAGAAUCUUAUUUCCCAAACACUCGACACAAACAUAAAUACUUUACAUAUUUAAAACAUGUGGAGUAUCCAGGCCUUGGUGGUGCAUCUCCUGCUCCUCGGCUCCAUACUGUCUAUAUACUUUCAGUCCACCGUUUUGUCGGGCUUAAAACCACUGAGUACAUUUCGUGAGUUGGGAUUGGAACCGCCGGCUGAUCGAAUUGUGGUUUUCGUGGUCGAUGGCCUGAGGGCGCAAUCUGUUUUGAAGGAUAACUGCAGUCAAGUUCCGGAUCUUAGGGAGCUGUUUCAUCAAGGUUUAGUGGGCGUGUCGCGUGCCUAUGCGCCAACGGUUACUCGACCCGGUCACAUCGCAAUCUUCGCCGGCUUCAAUGAAGAUCCCGCAGCGGCGCUCACCAACUUCCAAUGGAAUCCCUCAACCUUCGACACUGUCUUCAAUCGCAGCAGGAACGCCAUUGGAUGGACUCAGGAUGUGGUUGCCAAGGUGUUCACCCACUUGCCAACGGGAGGUGCUCCACUGCGCUUUGAAGUCUUCACCAGAUCGGACAUUUCGGGCAGACUUAAGUUGGAUGAUUGGAUCUUCACCAGGGUGCGCAAGUUUCUGAGCAAUGAUGAGAACGUUGAACCAUUACGAAAUGCCACUUCGGUGGUGUUCUUUGUUUACCUGGCCGAUAUGGACCAUGCUGGACACGCCUUUACGCCCUACGGUGAAAGGUAUAAGCAGAAGUUAAAUUUCACCCAACGAGGAAUACGGGAGACCUACGAACUCUUCGAAAGAGUUUUUAAUGAUAGUAGAACUGCUUAUUUGAUGACCUCGGAUCAUGGAAUGAAUGACGAGGGUCAUCAUGGUGGUGGAGGAGAGGGCGAGGUGGACACCCCAUUCUUUCUCUGGGGAGCUGGUGUCAAUCGAGUGGCUCCCGAUCCCGGCCAGAACUUCACUGCCAAUGAUGAGGGGCUUAUUCUGCCGUUGUACCAAGUAGAGCAGACACAGUUGGCACCAUUAAUGUCCGCCUUGAUUGGAUUGCCUCCACCCAUGAACAACAUGGCCCUGAUGCCACAGGGAUUUAUGAACACCAGCCUUCUCUAUGAACUCUCCGCUUUCCAUUUGAAUGCCAUGCAGCUCCUGGCUCAAGCUAAAAUCCUGAUAAACCGCCACGAAGAAGGGAUUCUCUAUCCGUUGCUGCCCAAAUUCGAGACUCUGGACUCGGCGGAUAUUGAUCAGUACUCGCUAACUAUAAAAUACAAGGUGGCCCAGGGACACUUAAGAGAUGCCUUGAAGAUAAGUCGGAAGAUAGCUAAGGAGGCUCAAAGGUGUUUGGAGUACUAUCAUAGUUACUAUCAUCUUCCACUGCUGGUGGCCACCACCGCCUCCUACCUGGUGUGGUUCUACCUUCUGCUGGUGCAACUCACUCGGGAAUCCAAAGGAGAUCCAAGUUCGGCAAGAAGAGGAUUUGUGACAUGGACAUCUUUGCUGAUGUUUUUGGGAGGAUUGGUCCUUCUGGAAUUGAUGAUAUUGCAGUUGGUUCCUUACCUGACUGCCUUUUAUCUCUUGCUGCCCUUCGGAAUCCUCAUCCUGGCUCUGGCCGAACGUCCCUGGGAAGGUGGCUGGUUUAUCUGCCAGUUUCCAAUCCUCCAUCUGGUUGGGAUUAUCGUUCCCGGUGGCUUACUGAUUUUGAUGGCCUUUCACAACAGUCACAUUGGAUUGCUAUACUUUCUGAUAGUCUGCCUAAAUAACCGAAGAGCUUUCUGCAGACCCUCCUUAAAAUUCCUUUUCUGGCUCGUCCUGGUAAUCCUGCUAAGUGGAAUUCUUCUCAUAAAGCAAAACUCAGGUUUGGACUUUAUAACCGAUUUGAUUCGAGUUUAUCUGAGCAAGAGCCAUGUGUUGUACUUCAGCAUGGUGUUAUCUGUGAUUCGAGAACUGAUUCUCUGCCAUCAUCACGCCAAACAUGUUUGGAUCAUUAACAUUGCAGCUCUACUGGCUGCAGCGUAUGGAAUCUAUCAGUGGAAUGCAGAUGAGACCGUUUUCACCUAUGUUUAUGUCGCCUGUUGGUCCUAUCUUGCCUAUGCCUUCAUAUCGAUUCCUUACAGUGGAAAAAAGGCACUGAAACGUCGUCUACAGUUGAUUAUCUUCAAUAUGCUUACGGUACAUAUAAUGCUUACUAUAUCAAUGGCCUCACUUUUUGUCCAGAUUAUGGUGACUGAGUUUGUUCUGGGCCUGGAACUUUAUGAAGAGAGCAAUAAAUCCAUUGAUAAAAAAGAUGAAAAUGCGGAUGAGGAAAUGGAAAUGGAACUGGAUGAGGAUCCACAGGAGAAUCAAACUGAAAGACCUGUAACUUCAGUGGAGCACUUGAGGCUUUCCUAUCGCUAUGCGGCACUAAUUCUGCUGUACUUCUAUGUAUCCUUCUUCGGAACUGGUCAUUGGUUCUUCAACUUUAAAUUUGAAUCUACUACCUCAAGAUUGUUCUUCCCUCAAUUCCAACUUCAACUGAUUGCGGCCUUUAUUUUGCUCAAGAUAUUCAUACCAUCGAUUAUCGUUAUAUCAAGCAUUUAUGCAUUGGUAUCCUUUGGCCGCAGGAAUGCUCGGUCCAUCUUUAUAUGCCUUUUCCUGAUGAACGAUUCAAUGAGCUUGUACUUCUGCUACUUUGUCAACAACCGAGGUUCCUGGGAGAAGGUGCGUGAAUCGUUGGAUCACCUUUUGGUGACCCACGUCUUCAUCAUUCUGUUGCUCGUGUGCUCCUGGAUUGCCAAAGUUUUUCUGAGGAAGACUCAAGAUGACAAACCACCGAGUACAGCCGAAGCUCAGAAUCUCGACAAUGCUGCAUCCCAAAUUCAAGAUAGUCAGGUGUAAAUAAUUCCGGAUAUUGCUAAUGGUUCAGUCGAAAAUCUAAGAUUUACUUCAAAAAUUACGCAUACGACUGGUUGAUCGACCCUUGUAAUAAAACUUAGAGCAGCAGCACUUUAAUUAUACUUUAGUCAAAAACCUUUGAAA